AUGAACCUUUUCACCGUCGAGCAGUUGGAGCUGGUGAGGAGGUUGAGGUCGAGUGGAGUUACAGCCGACAACAUUGCUGAGGUGGGUGCAAUUUUUCUCCUUUUUGAUGUGCAAAGUUUGACGCUCAGAGAAAAUCGUACUUUCCUUCAAUUUUUCAUAAACAUCAGGGAUAGGCCACAUAUAAAUUUCUGAAGAUUUUAGCCCGAGCUUUGCAGGGAGAGCCGAGAUAUUCAACAAUCUGCCGAGAGAGUACGUAAAUUGCGGAGAGCAGUCAGAGAAAAAACACUUUUUGUCCAUAUCUUUGCCAGUUUCAUGCGGAAAAAAAUGAUUUUUUGGGGAAAUAUUAUUUUCUGCAGUAGAAAUAAGCAUGAAAUUUUUCACGCCAAAAAAUCGCAAAAAAAUUUGACAUUUUUUUCCAAUUUUUGAUCUAAAAAAUCCCAUGUUUUUUCCGCAAAGCACGAACUAGAAAUCUUGUAUUUUUAUUAGAGAAGAUUUUUCUAAAUUUACGUCAAGUUUCAUCAAAACCUGAGCGUUGGAGCGCUUCCCUUGUAAAUUUUGAAAAUUUAUUUUUUUGACAGUUGAGAGACUUCGGAUUUCUUGAUAAAAAAAAAAAAAUACGGAACUGUUUUCUUUAUGGCCUUUUAAUUUUGUGUUAUUCAGGGUCCAAAUAUACGGUUUUUUACAGGGGAAGCGACGUUCAGAUUUUGAUGAAAGUUGGCACAAAUUUAGACUGAUUUUUUCUAAAAUACAUGCGAGAACUCUAGCUGUCGCUUCGAAUUUUGGCACCAAAAAUUUUAUACCUAUUUCUACCGUAAUGUAAAUGGCAAUGAUUUUACCAAAAAAAUAUUUUUUUCCGCACAAAACUAGCAAACUUAUGGCCAAAAGUGUUUUUUUUCUACCGCUUCGCCUUUCGCGUACUCUCUCGACGGCAAAGAUGGUUCAAUAUCUCAGUGGAGCUUGCAAAGUGCGAGCUGAAACGCUGAAAUUUUUAGGAAUUGAUAUUUAGUAUAUGCCCGGAGUGUGUGCAAAAUUUAAAGAAAAUCUGAGCGUCGCACUUGGAAUACUUAAAAAAAAUUUCUCAAUCGUCUUUUUCUCUCCUAUCUAUCAUUUGCAUGUCUAAACAAUCCUCUGCACAGCCUCUAAUUCCAAGUAAACAUACAAAAAAUUACAUUGCAAGCGAGUGAUCUUUAAUGUAACAGAGCUCUGCAGAGCCGAAGCCCCAAAUUAGCGAUGUAAAGCCCCACUUUACAUCGCUGAUUACAUUUGGCCAACCGCACGUAGGCCGCCGUGAAUCCAAUUAUUUGCUGUCACAGUCAUUCAUCAUUAGGUGGUAUUUACAAUCUGUGCCGGCUUCACGUUGUGCAUUGCAUUUGUUGGGCGGUAAAUAUUGGAAAAAGUCAAUAAUAAUUUUUUGUUGUAAUGUCUGAAAUUUAGAGUGAUUCUUGGUGAAAUUUAGCCAGCACGCUAGCGUUUGAUACGUAUCUCGUUAGAGAUAUCCUGAUUGUAAGAAUUUUCACUGUGCUGUUUCUACGCGUCGCUGCAAAAAUCGAAAAGUGCUUUGCACAGUGAAAUUUGUAUUUUUUUGCCGCGCGCGAUCCCCAUUUUUCGCACGACAAAUCAUCUUUCUCAGAGUGCGACGAAAUUCUGAGCCGCAGUAAAUUCUCACGAUUUUUUGCGCCGAGAUUUUCAGCGUAGUUUUUGCGCACAAGCAUACGGUAGAUGACGGUCAUGGAAAACAAACGUCUUUUAUUCGUAAUGCUACGCAAAUUCUUAAUACUUUUAGAGCAUUUUUAAGAUUUUUCAGAAGAAACACUUCAAAAAUGAUCAUCAUGGAUACUUUCUGAUACUUUUUGAGGGAAAAUAAAAAUUUUUUUAGCGAUAUGAACUGAUAUAAAUUCGUUUCUUACUCUAUACAGUAUUUUUCCAUUUUCGACACAUUAGAUUUUUCAAUAUUUUCCAAAAACCUUUUUGCAUAAAGUCUCGUUUCCGCUACAAAUUUCAUGUUUCUACGCGGUUUCAAUUUUAUGCUGAGAACCCGGCUUUCCAGACUACACCCAGAUGGCCGUAUUUCUCAUCAUUCCGAGUAUUAUUGUACCUAAAAAUACCUACAAUUUGCGCAAAUUUUUAGGUAACAACUUCUCCAUCUUCACCUCUAAAAUAUCCCCGUUUUGCAGUGUUUGGGCUACAUUUUUCGCCCAGCCCAGCUCAAGUUUAUUGUCUAUGUGACAAGAGUGUUCAAGAGGGGCUUGCGUAAAAGCUACCGGCGAUUGUUUACGUAGUAUUCUGAUGUAUAUUUGGGGCUUGUCAGACGGCUCGAUAAAUAUAAUAGAAAUGUAGCUAGAGAUAAGAAAUUGUUUCGUGUAAGGAGCAAUAGGCACUCAAUACAUUGUGUGUUUGUGCUUUCUAUGACUGGAGGGAGACUGUAUUAGUCUGUCGGGAAAAUAAUGAGCAUUCUGUCGCAUUGAAAAUCCCAUGCCGAGAAAGUGAACUGUAUCGCGGCAAAAUCAAAUUGCUUUUCACUUCAGCGAAGCAAUCGGCGCAGCGACAUUGUGCUCAUUAUUUUCCUGACUGUCUGAUAAUAUCUUACUCGAUUAAUCCCCCUGUCCCUCUAGGAAUUUCUGGUCAGCUACGUCCCUCUUCCGUAGCGCCUCCGACCGUAAUACUCGCUGAUUUCUGGUCGAUAUCUUGGUGCCCCACCAAAGUCCAGCCAAGCUCCCUCACUUUUUACAAGUCACUUUUGCCACAUGAGGACGGGCGUUAUCAUGGAGAAAGAAUACUUUGUCCAUUUUUCCAUCGAUUUUUUUAGCUUCUCCCGGUCCACCCGGGAGAAGUAGGUCUCAGCCGAAAUGGUUGUUUGUUCUGGAAGCAGUUCCCAAUAGCAUAUUCCUUUACCGGCCCACCGUAACGCUUAGCAACACCUUUUUUGAUGCAAGUCAGGUCUUGCGGUCGGAAUUCCAUUUUCCAAGGGCUCUAGCCACUGGCGCUUCCGGUAGUGGUCGCCCCGAGGUUUCUGGGAAUUUUUUUAAAAAUGUGGAAAAACUUUUGAAUCAAGCCAAUAAUAUCACUCUGUCGGGAAAAUAAUGACCGCUCUGUCGCAUCGAAAAUCGGGGUUUUCCAAAUGAGCGUUUUUUAAUGCACGGCCCAGACGUUUCUUUUUGCACUGUGCGUUUCACAUAAAGGUGAAAUGCACAGUGCAAAAAGCUUUGCGACAAAAAGUCUACGCACUUUUGAAAACCCGAAAUAAAAGUGCAUUCAUAAAAAUUUUAUUUUUUUCCCGCUGCACGAUGUUGUUAUUAUAACACAUUUUGCAACGCUUGUUCCGUUGCACGCACACUUGCUUUCCCCUCCGUCAAAAAUGGCACGUAUUCAUUUAAUUAGCGUCUAGGUGAUUAGAGGAAAUUGUUUUCUUCUUCUCAGCGGGGACUUUUGAGAUUGUUUUGAGGCCCCCCAAUCCCCUCAAUUAUCACAUUAUAAUACCGAAAGAUUAACGGGGAUGUUUAGGAUAGCAAACUCGGCGUACUUUCAUCUUUCUUACUACGAAUAAAAUAGUAUAGUGAGCUGACUGGGUCCGAUUACCGGAUUACAGUAAGUGCUGGGACCGAGGCAGAUUGACACACGAUACUCCUAUGCAAUUACAAGGCUUGUGAUUUGGGGAAAUUAAAGGUUAAUCGAACAAAACGGGUCCAGGGUUCAUUUGUUGGAGAUUUUGUAACGAAAUCUUAGAACAGUUUUUUUUCGGCUCCUUCUAGGAACAAUAGGCUGGCAAAAUUGUAAAUUUAAUAUAAUAGUUAUUACUAGAUAUGUAGGAUAUUAUCACAUUGUCGGGAAAAUAAUGAGCACAAUAUCGCUGCGCCAAUAGCGUCGCUAAAGUGAAAAGAAAUUUUGAUUUUUCCGCAACACUAUAUUUUCUCGGCAGCAAUCACAAUCUUCGAUGCGACAGAGUGUUCAUUAUUUUCCCGACAGGCUGAAAAAUAAAAUAAUUUUGACAAAAAUGUUUUUCGGUCGGCAUAUUCCACGAAAGAUUCGGUUUUGACAUUUCGUUUGAAUUCAACCGAUACUAGAUGGGCGAAAUGCCACAAGGUAGCGGGAGACGCCCUGGGUUACCGUGCCACACGUCAAAACAAUUCUUUCGGAAAAUUGAAAAAACAAGGAAUCGCGGAUCAUUGAUUUUUUUCGAAGUGCCCCACAGAAUUAUCGAGCUUGAAAAAUUAUUUUCCUCUUCGAAAAAACAUUUUUCUCGAAAUUCUCUGAGAAAGUUUUCUUUUGUGACUCGAUAAUUCAGCGACAUUUCGUCAAAAAUCGAAGGUCCGAGGUUCCUUGUUUUUUCACUUUUUCUUUGACGUUUGCCACCCCUCGAUCCCUCAAAAAAAUGCCGACGCAUUCCAAACGCGGCUCUCCCACUUCCCUUUUGCGCCUCACCUCCCGAUCGCCCCCCUGCAUAGAGCAGGGGGAGUGAGUUGGGCUGCAAAGCCCAAACCUCCUAGGUUCGAUUCUUCAUUACUCGCUCAUUCUCUCUAUUUACAAAGACAACGAGCUCCCGCUCAGUUAAUCCGUAUCUAUGUAAACAGGCAACACGCGGCCUACAACUUCCGGUAGAGCUACACGGUAACCAGCAUGCCUGCUGAUGUCGUUACCACCAUGCCUAAAAAUCUUCCGAGAUUCUGUAACCCUUGUAAGUCGUCACUGCAGCGUGACAGCAUUGGCGAUUACAGUUUUGCAUUUUUGGAGACUUGAAGUCUGUCGGGGAAAUAAUAGCGAGUCGUCGUAGCAAAACAUUUAUAGUCGCCUCGUCAAAAAAAAGCGGGCAGUGGCGCACUAAAUUUCCAGCUGCGGCUAGCGUUGCGAUGAUGAGCGGUUCCAAGGCAAUACUACCCGCCGUUAUUUUCCCGACAGACUGGUGCUACCCAAGGAAAAAAGUCUUGAGAAUUUAUGAAAAUACAACAUGAUUUGUCGUUGCGAAAAAAUUGGAAUUGCAAAGAAAAAAUGGAAAUGCAAAAAAAAAGCAAAAACGCAAUUUGGAAAGCAUCUUUUUUCCGAUCUUUGCGGCGACGGACAGAGUUACGGGAGACCCGAAAGUCGGGAAAAUGAGGAGGAAGCUGCAUGGAGAAUAGCGACGGUCACUUUUUUCGUUGUACAAGGCAUCUCAGGGGAUCAAAAAAUAAAAUUUGUUUGUUGUAUAUAUCAGUCUGUCGGUAAAAUAAUGAGCACUUUGUCGCAUCGAAACUGACAGACAAAGGAAAAUUUUGUAUUAAUUUUAUAGUCUAAACAUCCCUUUUAAUACAAGCGGCGGACUAAUCGUCUCCGUGAAUGUGGAAUUACAAUAACAGAGUUGGAAAUUAAUCUGGAGCACUUUUGGCCCCAGCUUAGCCGGUCUUUCUUUCCUUUGUAUUGGGGCCGUACUGUACGGCCUACGUGCCAAACGUCGGCUUUUUUUAUCUUGUACAUAAAGGGGAUUGUUCGAAUAAUUAGGGGGCCUGAAAUGUUUUGGAGAAUUGGAACUUUUCGAGGCCGGGGGUUUCCGAUUAUUCCCUGUAAUAUUUCAGCUUACGAGGGAAUGGUCUGAACUUCCCCCGGCGUUUGGAAAAAUGACUAGCACAGGUGGAUAGAGCAGGUAAACUUUGGCAAAAAGAGCCAUUUUCCAGCUGCGGAAUAAGCCCGGCCGACGAGAAAAAUCGACCGAAAGUUCCACAAAAAUUUCCUCUUUCUCUUCCCUCGGAAAAGAAGAGCGGUGUCCAGUGGUUCGGUUAGCCGAGUGGAUAAAGCAUCCGCUCGAUAUUCUUUUGGGGGUUGGUUCGAUUCCGGGGCAGCCCGAAGGACCGAAGACUUUGGUGUGGGCAAGACCAAACUCUCAUAAAACAAAAAAAAAUAUUUUGCCAUUUUUAUACGUUUUAUGGAAAUAUACCGAAAACACAGAUAAUCGUUAAAAAAAUUUUUAAAUAAUACAAAUUGGGGUACAGUCCUUUUCAAAAAGAGAUGAUGGAUACCUUUAUCUAUGACCAAACGAGUAUGACUUCGACGUUCCAUCGAUUUGUAGGUCUGGAAAAAUCCAAAAAAACCAUUUUUUAACGAUUAUCUGUGUUUUCGGUAUAUUUCCAUAAAACGUAUAAAAAUGGCAAAAUAUUUUUUUUUUGUUUUAUGAGAGUUUGGUCUUGCCCACACCAAAGUCUUCGGUCCUUCGGGCUGCCCCGGAAUCGAACCAACCCCCAAAAGAAUACCAAGCGGACGCUUUAUCCACUCGGCCAACCGAACCAUUGGACACCGCUCUUCUUUUCCGAGGGAAGAGAAAGAGGAAAUUUUUGUGGAACUUUCGGUCGAUUUUUCUCGUCGGCCGGGCUUAUUCCGCAGCUGGAAAAUCGUUCUUUUUACCAAAGUUGACCUGCUCUAUCCACCUGUACUAGUCAUUUUCCCAAACGCCGGGGGAAGUUCAGACCAUUCCCUUGUUAGACAUGUAAUUGGAGGGUAAUAAUAGAGUGUAUUCAGUGGAAUCGUGGGUGUGAUAGGCUUAGCAGCUUGUUUUAAGCAUUUCCAAACCUUGACGAAUAGGCAAAUUUUCGCUGCGAGACGCAAAGUUUGGUGAUAUCAGUCUGUCGGGAAAAUAAUGUGGAUUUGUCGCCGCAUGCAAAAUACUCGCUUCGUCGUAGUCGCAAAUGACUUGAAUUGGCAAAGUUAUUUGUUUUAGGUAUUUUCAAACCCUGUAGAACACUUUCUUCGUUGUAUAUCCAGUCGCGGCUAGCCGUUGCAAAAGCAAUGAUGAGAAAUUCUAAAGCGCGAAAAAUCCACAUUAUUUACCCGACGGACUGAAUCCUAUCAAUCGCCGAUCGCGUCGCUGAAGUGAAAAGCAAUUUGAUUUUGCCGCGACACGAGGAGAUGCCGGCGAAGCAAUUGGCGCAGCGAUAUUGUGCUCAUUAUUUUUCCGGCAGCCUGAUAGUCCUCUAAGUGAGUCAACCGCACCUUUGGCCUGUUACAUCGCUUAUUACGACAAAUUGUAUUUGGCUAUUAAUAGAGAAGCGCGCGUUCGAAGCCCCUACCUUUUAAUAUUCCCAACCCAAACGCAGCGGCUCCACGCCUCUACUCGGUCGUAAUCUUUAUCCCAAUUUCCUCAUUAAAAUUAGAGUGCUGCCGAAAAAACGGUGACACAAAUCGAUCACUCCGUCGCUAAUCCGCCACGGGCCGAACAAAGAGCGCCGCCGAAAUGUUGGUAUGUGUAGGUACAAACAUUUUAAUAGCGAUAUUAAUAGCGCAACCCGGCCCGUUUAUCCGACCGCCUAAUCGGGCCGAAUCCGGAAAUCUUUCGCCCAAGUUUCGCGGCCCCAAAAAAGGCUUUUCCUCGGUGUGCUUUUGGGCACAUGAGCUCCCAUUGUGUGAUGUUUGCGAGUGUUUCGUAAAGAGUUGUUUGUUGGCGAUACUGUAGCGAGAAAAGUGGGCUUUAUGUUGUAAAAGCCGGAUUUUUUAUAUCUUUUACUCAUAAUGUAAUUGUGUUUAUUUUAAGUGUUCAGGGAUUAUAAUGACGGGAGUGUUAUGAAAUGGCUGAAAAUAGCAACUGUUUUUUUACAUUUUUGGGGUUUUUCGAAACUUUUGGGUCUCGCCACGAAAUUUAGCAUAAUGUUGCAAAUUGUAAAAUACGUAGUGAGCUAGUUUGUAUGCCUUUCUUGUGAGUCGUUGGAAAUUAGGUUUAAAUUCAUUUUUUUUUUAUUUUUGGGUCUCACCACGAAAACUUGGCAUUUUGCCAAGUUCGCUUAAAUUAAAAGUGAAUGUUUACGAAUCGUUGAUUGGGGUCUAUAAUCGCCAGAAAAAUUAAUUUUUUUAAUUUUUCAUAUAUACUUAGUUCGGGUCCUAGCACGAAAGCUUGGCAUUUUGUCAAAUUGCUUUAAAUUAAAAAGUAACGUUCAAGACUCGCUUUCACUAGCCUACAAUAGUCAGAAAAAAUGAGAUUUUCUUAAUUACAACACUUACAAGCACUUAGUCCGGGUCCCACCACGAAAACCUGGCAUUUUGUACAAGUCCGAAAAACUAAUCGAAAAAGAUUGUACCACACAAUUUUAUGCAUUCAGCAAUCAUAUGGAUGUUCGAAAAUUCAUCCUCACGCAAAUCUCCCAACAUUACCGUAAUCCGACAUUUGCAGUAUGUACACAAUGUACACAUAUAUGUAUAGCUUGAAGAAGAGAGUGUGUCAAAAAUACCCCCGGGUGACGCACUCCGGACAUAACGGGUAAUGUUAAUCGCAUUGUGCCAUUGUGUGCAUUCUUGGCCGCAAAAUACGAAACGAGUGUAAUCGUGGUGUGAAAGAGGAGAUUUUGUUUGUGAUGAGGAAUGUUUUCGGGCCUUACAAUAUGCAUUUGCUGAUGUAUGGCAUAUUCGGAGGGGGAAAUGAGGAGCGGAUGAGGUGUGUUGUAGUUAGAGGUUGUAAAAUGGACAAAAAUUUGGAUUAAUUUGGACGGAGGGAGAGGAGAAAAUUUUGGGUCGAAAAUGUGGAAUUUUUUGCGAAUUUUGACAUGAAAAGUUUCAUAGCUGUUUCUACCGAAGAGAGUAAUGUUUCCUCAAAAAAAUCAAUUUUUUCCGUGCGAAACUGGCCAAGAUAUAGCCAAAAAAUAUUUUUCUCUGUGAUCGCUCUCCACAUUUUGCACACCUUUUUUUCGCUUCUCAAGUAUGAAGGUUGUUGUAAGAGACAACUUUAGGAACGUCUAGGCUGAUAAAAUUUGUCGAAAUUCGCUGUGCGGACUUUAAAAAUGAAUUCGGUUUUUUGCACAGUGCAGAAAAAGCGAGAAUCUGCACUGUGCGGUAGUUUCUUUGAUUGCACUCUGCGUAAAAUUUCUGUGGAAAAUUUUGCACAGUGCGGAGCUUAAAAACGAAUUUUUUUAGCACGGUGCAGAGAAAAUGAGUACAUUUUUUGUGUAGAAAAUCGCACUGUGCAGACUUUCAAAAUGCCUUCUUUUUCGCACGGUGCGGAGAAAAUUAUAGUCCGCACUGUGCGGUCGUUUUUUGAUGGCACUGUACGUAAAUUUUUGCGUUGAAAAUUUUGCACUGUGCGGAUUUAAAAAAAUGAUUUCUUUUUCUUCUGCACAGUGCAGGGAAAAGAACAAACUGCACUGUGCGGUCGUUUUUUGAUUGCACUGUGCGUGAAAUUUCUGUGGAAUAUUUUGCACUGUGCGAUCUUUAAAAAUGAUUUUUUUGCACCGUGCAGAGAAAAUUAGAAUAUGCACUGUGCGGUAGUUUUUUGAUUGCACUGUGCGUGAAAUUUCGGUGGAAAAUUUUGCACUGUGCGGUCUUUAAAAAUGAUUUUUUUGCACUGUGCGGAGAAAAAAGGAAUUUGCACUAUGCGGUCCAAACUGCUUCCUUUCGAAUAAAACAAGGCCUACCAUACAUUUCCAUUGACAAAAGUCUCAAGGAUUGUCGUCAUUUCGUACAAUGUACACAAAACUUUUUCCGUUCCCUUCAAUUAUUAGUCCAUAAAGUUUAAAAUAAAACUCCAUUUACUCGGCGUACGUCGAUCUCUUCACCUUCUCCAUUGUCAACACCGAAAGGUCUGUCUAUUGUUCGUCACAAACUCACAAUCACAGCAGACGUUGUGCCCGCCCAUGGCUACAUUUUUGCAUCAGAGGAGUGAAACUUUGAAAUUUUUGAUGGUUCAUUUUUGCCGACGAAAAAACUCAUUUCGCAAAUUGUAGCCGACUAAUUGGGCGGCGGAUUGUAGUAUGCAACAUGAUCGUGCAAAUAGCAUGGCGGAAGCGCUCAAAAAAUACCGCUUUUUGCCUAUAAACUCGGAAAUUUAUUACCGUAAUUUUUUUGAUGUCGAAAAUUUACAUUGUUUGUCAAGUAGUGGGUUGUUGUGAGAGUCGUAUUCAAGAGUGUCUAGGUUGAAAAUAUUGACGAAUUUUGCACUGUGCGGAUUAUAAAAAUUAUUUGUUUUUUUGCACAGUGCAAAGAAAAAUUAGAAACUGCACUGUGCGGUCGUUAUUUCAUUGCACUGUGCGGAUUUUGAAAAUAAUUCCAUUUUUGCACAGUGCAGGGAAAAUGAGAAUCCGGCCGUUUUUUGAUGGCACUGUGCGGACUUCAAAAAUGACUUCAUUUUUUGCACAGUGCAAAGAAAAGAAGAAACUGCACUGUGCGGUCAUUUUUUGAUUGCACAGUGCAGAGAAAUUGAGAAUUUGCACAGUGCUGAAUUUGAAAAUAAUUCCAUUUUUGCACAGUGCAGAGAAGUUGAGAAUUUGCACUGUGCGGUCGUUAUUUCAUUGCACAGUGCUGAAUUUGAACAUGAUUUUUUUUUGCACAGUGCAGCGAAAAGUAGACUGCACUGUGCGGUCAAUUUUAUGACUGCACCGUGCAUACGUUUUUUGUGUCGUAAAUUUUGCACAGUGCAGGGAAAAUGAGAAUCCGGCCGUUUUUUGAUGGCACUGUGCGGACUUCAAAAAUGACUUCCUUUUUUGCACAGUGCAAAGAAAAGAAGAAACUUUUUUGCACAGUGCAAAAAAAAGAAAAAACUACACUGUGCGGUCAUUUUUUGAUUGCACUGUGCAUAAAUUUUUGUGUUGAAGAUUUCGCACUGUGCAAAAAAUAAUAUAACUUUUUUUGUUAUUUCUUCAUUUUUUACUGUCUAAUUUCACAACUCGUCUUAUAAAACUCAAAUUUGUUUUCCUCCAAAAAUUCGGCUAGUCGAAAAUCCCUCCCAAAAAUCCUCUUUCGGGCCCCCCGGAAAUCCACUGAUCUCUGGGCGAAUUAUUCGGGAAGUAAAUCGCUUAAUAGCGCCGUAAAUUCCAUUUCAUGGAAUCUCAAAAAUUUGUUGAUGAAUUUUCACAUGACGUCGACUGGCCGAUAAUAUUUUUAUUUAUAUUUUUUUUGGAGGAAAAAUCGGAUUUUUGGGAUUUUUUUGGAUUUCGUUGUGAAAUCCCACUUGAGUUUUUGAAAGAGUUUAGACAAAUAGAGCAUUUGUAAAAAUAUCACGCCUUUGUAAAGCUAUUAUCGGCACUCAAAAGAUGUUUAGAGCAGCUACAAAGCCGCUGUUUAUUGUAAGUCAGUUAUUUUGAGAAAAAUGGGAAAUCCUUGAGACUGAACGCUCAGAUUUUUUUGAAAUUUUGAGUGAAUGGUCUGUCUAGUCCACUUAUUAAUUGUUAAAAAUUUUAUGUCGCGCUUUGCUAGCGGAGCCGAGAUAUUUAGCGAUUUUGGGGGUGAGAUUACGGAAAAUGAGGAAAAACCUUUUUUUGGCCGUAUCUCUGGAAUUUAGCCUUGGAAAAACAUAAUUUUUUGUGGCAAUAUUUUACUAUUGGUCUUAAACAUCAUGUCGAAGCGUUAUGCCAAAAAUCAAAAAAAAAAUUGUUUAUUUUUUUUAUUUUUUUUUUCAAAAAAUCUCGAAAAUUUUGGCGAACCGCAAGCUAGAAAUCUAGGACGUGCCUUGAAAAAUCAUAUUUUAAAUUUAUAUUUAGUUUCAGCCAAAUUUAUUACCUAAAAUUUUUUAUUUCAGUCUUUGCAAAAGAUCCUUAAAAAACUCCAUAAAGUUUCAAAAAUAUCUUUUAUUUUUACACUGGAUUAGAAAACAGUUUACAUCAUACUUUUGUUAUUUUGCUAUUUUCUCCUCCUUUAUAGCGUAUUACCUUUUUUUCGGCGAUUUUUUAUAUUCUCCUUCCGGCUCAACUCCCAGAACUUUCUUUGCCCAAAGCUCAGCCACUCGCCCUUAUAUUUGAGUGUUCGGUUAAUCUACAGGGUUAUUAGACGCUCUAGUUUUGCUCUACUAUUCUUUUGGUUACAAUUUUUUCGGUUAUUCAGGGUUACUGUAACUUUUAAAAAAAUUUUUUUUAAUUUUGAAAAAAUGAAAAUUCGGUCUAAAAUACGGAUUUUCGAAGUUUCAAAAAAUUUUUCAUUGGCUAGAAAAUUUUUUUAAUAUGUCAUGAUGACAUACAAAUUUUUGUUUUCCCACCAAAAAAAAAUAAAUAAAACCCAAAGUGCAAGUAACUAAUUCGUAAAGAGAAUUCCUCUGAUUUCAAAGCGGGAUUAGCCUCUCGGAUAUUGUCAUUGCUCGAAGGAAGUGAUAGUAAAGUCUCAACAAAUCGGGGGAUUAGAAAAGGUUUGUGGAAAAUUAGGCUUUCUCUGCACUGUGCAAUAAUUUAAUUAAAAUAUGCGGGAGAGUUAAAUUUUAUAGCAGCUUUCCAGUUACUGUAUGGUGAUUUGGUUGUAAAGUAGGAUUUUAAUUGAGUUUUGUAAUUUGCUGCUGAAUUAGAAGGGAUAUUAAAACUUGUUGUUUUUAUUGCACAGUGCAGUGUGAUUCUUAAUUUUCCGCACAGUGCAACGUUUUUUGGCCAAAUUUUUGCUCGCACUGUGCGGCAGCGACAAUUUUUUCUCAAUUUGCACAGUGCAACGUUUUUUGGCCAAAUUUUUGAUUGCACUGGGCGACAGCGACAAUUUUUUUCCUUAACUUGCACAGUGCAGUGUGAUUCUUAAUUUUCCGCACAGUGCAGACAUCUUUUGCUAAGUUUUUGAUUGCACUGUGCGGCAGCGACAAUUUUUUCUCAAUUUGCACGGUGCAAUGACUUUUGUCCGGAUUUUUGAUUGCACUGUGCGGCAGCGACAAUUUUUUCUCAAUUUGCACGGUGCAAUGACUUUUGUCCGGAUUUUUGAUUGCACUGUGCGGCAGCGACAAUUUUUUCCCUCAAUUUGCACAGUGCAGUCUAUUUUCACAAUUUCUGCACGGUGCAAUGACUUUUGAUCGGAUUUUUUGAUUGCACUGUGCGGCAGCGACAAAAAAAACUUUUUUGCGCAGUUCAAAAACAUAAUUUUUCGGUACUGUUCAUUUUUUACCCACCAAAAAUCUCGUCAUCCCAAAUUUUCGGCUGUUUCAAAACCCCUGACUCACAAUUACAAACGCCAUUCUCAAAAUAACAUUAUUGUAAAGCAGUAGCUCAUAACCGAGAAUAUUGCCUUCGCUCCGCCGCUGUAUACUGACUCAUUUCUUGGCCCAAUGUGAAACGGAAUUUCUUCCUGACUCACGUCGAAUUAUUACAAACAAACAACUCUCUCUGGGCUGACCUUUCGGCGGCGGGAUUAUAAUUCGGCGGGAUUAGCGGUUACGGUCAGUGGGCGGCGAGUUUAAUUGCGACCAAAUCCCCCCUCCGGCAUUGUUCGCAAUUGUUUCGACCGCGGUUCGCAUUGUGAUUAAAUUUUUUUGGGGGAUUGUUUGUCGUAAUUGGGACAAUUAACGGGCUAAGAAGGGCUAUUAGUCAAAGAAUAGCGGUGAAAACGUGAUUUUUGGUAGUAUUCGAGUUGCCCUUUAAAAUUGUUUUGUCGUGUAGCAAUUUUUGAGACAUUUUGGAAGGCUUUGACACUCUGAGAUUUUCAUUUUUCGACUGCACGGUGCGAAAAAAAUCAAUUUUUUUAUUGCACUGUGCAGUUCACAAAAUCUUGUUUUUUUGGUGAUUUUAGUAGUAUUCGAGUUAUCUGUUAAAAUUGUUUUGUCGUGUAACUAUUUUUGAGACAUUUUGGAAGUCUCUGACACAGUGCGAUUUUUAUUUUUUGACUGCACAGUGCGAAAACAACCAAAUUUUUUAAUGCACUGUGCAGUCCAAAAAAUCUUGUUUUUCGGCACUGUGGCUGGAAAAAAUUCAGUUUUUCUGCUGUAAUCACUAAAUCUAGAGCAUAGUGAAUACAAAGGCACAGCGUGAUUUUCAAUUCUGACAUCACUUUGCAAAAAAAAGUCAAUUUUUUCAUUGCACUGUGCAUUUCAAAAAAAUCUUGUUUUUUGGUACAGUGCAUGGAAAGUUCUGAGAUUUUUUGUUGUUAUCGAAACAUCUAGAGCUCCAGAAAUCUCAAGGCCUUGCAAAAAAUUUUUAUUCUGACAUCACUUUGCGAAAAAAAGUCAAAUUUUUCAUUGCACUAUGCAGUCGAAAAAAACUUGUUUUUCGCACAGUGCAGUCAAACAAAAAAAAUCGAGUACUGUCAAAUGGUCAGCAAUUUGAAAACAAGUUUUUCUUUAUUUUCAGUCCAUGAUUUUUCUCAGCACUGUGCAAAAAAAUAAUUUUUUUUUGACUGCACAGUGCAAUUGAAAAAAAAAUUUUUCUCGCACUGUGCAAGAAAAAUGGAUUUUUUUAAGACCCCUAAAAUUUCGACAGUAGAAUUUUUGGUCUCUAAAAUGUUGUCUUCACUGUUUUUUCCACGCCUCUUCUCCCCUUCCGAUCUCGAAAUCUUAGACUAUAAUAACAAAAUUGCCUGCGGAACACCGUAAUUACCCUCGCUAUUUUUACGCAAUUCCAGGCGUUUCGAGCCAUGGAGAAGAUGGAGACCGAGGUGCCCGCUAAUCCCGACCAGAAUCCACCUGUUUCGGCGGCCGAUUUCGCGGCGUUUGUGGCCACCUCCACCAGCACGCCGACGUUUAAUCCCGCCCAGGCGUCCAGCAUCCCGAACAGUGUGCUGGUGCGGCAGUUGCAACAGGUUUGUGAAGGGGGGAAAUUUUGGAUUUUUUUGAAAAAAAAAUUAUUUUUUUGGGAAAAAAUUUCGAAAUUUUCAAGUUUUUUUUUCGAAUUUUUUAUUUAAAAUUUCAGGAUUUUUUUAGAGAAAUUUGAAUUUUUCAAAAAAAAAUUUUUUUUUACUAGAAAUUUCAAAAUUUUCAAAAUUUUUUUUUUCGAAUUUUUCCUUCAAAAUUCCAGAAUUUCUUACAAAAAAGCUUACUAAUUUUCCCAGAAAAAAUCGAUUUUUUCGAUGAAAAAUUUUAAAAGUUAUAGCCAAAAAACAAAAAAAAAGCCAAAAUUUCAAAUUUUUCCACAAAAAAAUCGCUGAGUUCUCAAAUUUUCCGACCAAAAUUUAUCUCUUCUCUUUGUAUCAUGUGUGGCAGGUAUCAAGAGUAACCAAAAAGAUUAAUCUCUAACAAAAAAUUUUGACUCAAGCUUGUCGUGUUAAUGAUUUGAGCAAAUAUUUCCGAUUACUGAUAAGGGCCGAAAAAAGUAAUACUUUAAAAAAAAAUUUUUUGCUUGCUUACAAUAUAAUGGAGUUUCGAAACUAGAAAAUAAUAUAUUUUUGGAGCAGUUGAGCGAGAUGAAAAAUGCAAAAAAAAAUGAUUUUUUUUUGCACUGUGCAAUUCUUGAGUUUGAAUUUUUGAACACAGUAAAAGAAAUUGUGGGAUUUUGGAGUGUCUUGGGCAUGAUAGGACACUAAAAAAUGCAUAAUUAAAAUUUUUUGUAAUUGCCCUAUCAUUAGAGUCCAUUUUUGGCAUCUUUAUUUUUUGCACAGUGCAAUUUUUAAAUCUUCAAAUUUUGCACGGUGCAAUAUUUCAAACAACUUUUUGGUGAGCAAAAUUCUUUUUUAGGAUGUUAAAAAAUAUUUUCGUAACCUUUGUUUUAUUUUUCUUGCUGCUAUAUACAAGUUAUAACGCUUUGACUUUUUCGCACAGUGCAGUUUUUCGGCUUUUCCAAUUUUGCACCGUGCAAUCUUGCAAUUGCAUUUAUUUUACAGUAUUUUGUCCAAGAUUAUCUUUGCACGCAAGCCAUUAUUUUUGCAAUCUUUUGCGUAUUUCAGUUUCGUUUUAUCCGCAUUUUUUCUUCCGCGUCGUCAUCCGCAAAAAAAUCUCAUAGCAAAUUUUCGGAGAGUCGGCAAAAAAAUCGGCUCCAAAAUAAAGCGGAUUAACUUCUUCCACUAAUCACAGUAUAACAGUCGUAUUGCCUCAGGGCUUCGUUAUUAUAGUAAUUGUUUUCGCACAAGUCGACGAAUUUUUGGAGACAAAUAAUAAUUUUUGCGGAUAAAUUGCGAAAAUUACGGUUUAAGAACUACUUUUUGUCCAUACAAAUUUCGAAAUUAGCCUACAAAUUUUUUUAUACCGCAUUUUAAAAUUUUUGCCAGCCGCACUGUGCAAAAAAAUAAUUUCUGACUGCACUGUGCAAAAAAUUUAAAGUCGAUUUUUUUGCACUGUGCAAUGAAAAACUGGACGAUUUUUUUAUUUUUCAUAGUAAAUCAGAGUUCGAAAUUCUGUAUCCUUUUGUGAUUCCCCAAUUUUUCCAGCCGCACUAUGCAAAAAAAAAAAUUUUCGAUUGCACUGUGCGAAAAAUUUAAAGUCGAUUUUUUGCACUGUGCAGCGAAAAAUCGGAUGAAUUUUUAAUUUUUCGUAGUUAAUAGGAGUUCGAAAUUGUAUAUCCUUUCGUGUUUCACCAAUUUUUUAAUCGCACUGUGCAAAAAAAUCAACUUUACUUUGACUGCACAGUGCAUAAGGAAUCUUUUAUUUCCUGCACUGUGCGGGGCAAAAAACGAUAAAAUAUGUAUUUUAAAAUAAGUAAAAGUAAAAUUUAAAAUUUUUUGCGCUAUUUUUAGCAAUUUUCCGGAUUUUGAAAAAAAAAAAUUUUUUGAAAAAAAAAAUUUUUUUUACAUCCUAACUUUUCAUUUGCAGCUAGCCGAACAGCAACAACAAUCCACCUCAGCCAUCACAUCUUCCGCCGAAAAUCUGCAAAGGUGCGCGUUCACCACAGUCCCCGAAUCUUGUGUUUUCGGCUCCUCAAUGCACAGCCAAUCCAGCCCCACGUUGCCACGCCCACAGCCUUCGGCGGCGCGCCCAAUCCGAUCGCAACGCCAGCCAAUGAAAGAUAUCACGACAUUGGAGGACCCCAACGAACUGGAGCAGUUUAUGGCCCAAGGCGAGGAGGCGUGCAUCAGCGACAUGAAAAAGUUUAUUACGCAAUAUUCCCUGAGGCAAACGACGGUCGCGCAAAUGACUGGUGAGAUUUUUCUUUGUUUGAAAAAAAGAAAAAAAAAGAAAUUAUGACCGUAUUUUACAAGAAAAAUGUUUUUUUGAUAUCGAUUUUUUGCACGGUGCAAUUUCAAAAAAUUUUUGUCUUGCACGGUGCGGUUAAAUUUUUACAAUUUUUUGCACUGUGCAGCUGGAUCAGAUUCCUAAAAAGUUUUGUUGAGAAGACGUAUUUUACACUCCAAAUUUGAUUUCCCAAGAUGUUUUCAUUUUUUAAGUUUUUGCACGGUGCAAUUUCAAAAAAUUUUUUUUUGCACGGUGCGGUCAAAUUUCAUUACCUUUUUGCACUGUGCAGCCUGAUAUUAUAGAACAUCGGAUUAUUGUGAACGUAUUUACACUCCAAAUUUGAUUUCCCAAGAUGUUUUCAUUUUUUAAGUUUUUGCACGGUGCAAUUUCAAAAAAUUUUUUUUGCACGGUGCGGUCAAAUUUCAUUACCUUUUUGCACUGUGCAGCCUGAUAUUAUAGAAAAUCGGAUUAUUGUGAACGUAUUUACACUACGAAUUUUAUUUUCCACUAUGUUUUCUUUUUUUUUCAUGUUUUGCACGGUGCAAUUUCAAAAAAUUUUUUUUUGCACAGUGCGGUCAAAUUUUAUUAACUUUUUGCACUGUGCAAUCGACUUUUUUUUAAAGCGAAUUGUAGACAGCAUAUUUUAGUACACUCCAAAUUUAAUUUUCAAAUAAAAAAAUUUUGUUUUUGGCAUUUUGCAUGGUGCAAUUUCAAAAAGAAAUUUUUUCGCACGGUGCAGUUACAAAAAUAUUUUUCGCACCGUGCAAAAAAGGAAAACCUUGAAAAAAAAUUUUUUGGGCUUCCAAAAAGUUUUUUUGACCACUAAUUUGUUACUUACAACCAAUUUCCAGGCGUCUCUCAGCCCUACAUUUCCAAACUCCUCAACGGAAAUCAUCGCGAGCUCUCGCUGCGAUGUCGUCGCAACAUCUACGCAUGGUACCUAAAUUGUCGUCGGCAUCCGGCCAUGUACUGUCAGGACCCGACCACACGUCUGGAGACGAAUGGCGAUGGGGAGUUGGUGCCGCAGCGGCGCGAGCGCUACGUUUUUCGGCCCGUCCUCAUCCGCAUGCUGGAGCAAUUUUUCGCCGAAUCCCCGUUCCCCGACGGCAAUAAGCGCGCCGAAAUUGCACAGGCUUGCAACACAGCCCUUCAGGCGGAGAAACGAGGUGAGAAAGGGUGAUUUUUCUUUUUCAUUUUGAGGUUUUUGGAUACUUUUUUCAAUUUUUUAACCAAUUUUCAUCUUUUUUCGGCGUUUUCAUCAAAAAAAUCAAAUUUUUUAGCUAUGUAAAACUUUUUUCCCUCCCCGUCUAUUCUUACAGUAUAUUUUCUAGUGAUUUUAGGGGGCCAGCUGAUGCCGAAAGAAGUGGUAACGCCGCAGGUCAUCGCCAAUUGGUUUGCCAAUAAGCGAAAGGAAAUGAGGAGGAAAUCCAAUGAGGAGAACAGGAAUCGACAAUUCCUGAAUCCAGUAAGCGUUUCGGGAGGGUUUUGUGGGAUUUUUAUGAAUAUGCAAAUUUUUUAUUUUUUUUAAAUUUGAAUAUUUUGAGACAAAAGUUGCCGAAAUUCGAUUUUGAAUUAAAAAAUUUUAAGUUUUAAAAAUAUAUGCAAAUUUUUCGAAAUUUUCGAAAUUUGCAUAUAUUUAAAAUUUUUUUAAAAAAUGCCUGAAAAUUUAAUUUUUUGAACUUCUAGAGACUUCUGAAGCCUUUCAGAAAAUUUUUUGUAUAAAAUUUGCAUAUUUCAAAAAAUUUGAAUAUUAAAAUUUCCUCAAUUUUUUUCAAAAAAAAAAUUCGAAAUGCCUGAAAAUUUAAUUUUGUGAACUUCUAGACACUUCUCAUGCCUCAACAAAAGAUUUUUUACACAAAAUUUGCAUAUUCCAAAAAAAAUUUGAAUAUUAAAAUUUCCUUAAUUUCCCUCAAUUUUCCCUCUAUAAUUAAUCUUUCCAGUCGGCACUAGAAACUCCCUCCUCCCCCGAGGGCUCUACCAGCUCAUUCGUCGAAUCGCCCAGCUCCAAUCUGCUGCCUCCCCUCCAAUUCGGCGUCCCAUUGGCCUUCCUCACCCAACAGCAACAGCCCCAGCCCCAACCGCCCCCACAAGGCAUCUCCAUCGAGAACCUGUUGGCCCUCAACAACCUCUCCAACCCCUUGACCGAGCUGCUGCAGCGCUCCGUCCAACUGCAGCAGCUGAAUCGCAACGAUUCCGCGACGAUUUCGUCGACGGAGAAGGUCGACGAACAGAUGCCCGUGCUGAGCGCCAUCAACGACGAAACGCAUGCAAGUGAGGACGGGUCAACGCCCUCAAGUCGGUCGUCGCCUCAAGCCCCGAAUUCGACGGAAUCGCUCAAGUCGGGCGACGAGUCGAUGAGCAACAAAAAUCAGUUCGAUUUGAUGGAGAAAAUGUUCGGUGCUUCGAUGAUGAGCCUAAUGCAACAACUAAAGCCCAACCCACUGCCCAGUGUGGAGUAA